AUGGUCCAAACAACAAACGGCACCUUUCCCCACGACAACUCGGCCGUCCCCAACGUCGACCGAGUGUUGCCCCUCUUCUCUCUCAAGGGCAGAACCGCAAUCGUGUCGGGCGCUGGAGCUGGCAUCGGCCUCGCGGUUGCCGAGGCGUUUGCAGAGGCCGGCGCCAAUGUGGCCAUCUGGUACAACAGCAACAAGCAGGCUGUGACUUCGGCCGAGAACAUUGCCAAGACGUACGGCGUCAAGAGCAAGGCGUACCAGGUCAACGUUACUUCGGCCGAUGAUGUCGACAAGACCAUCACCGAGAUCGUCAAGGAGUUCAACGGCCGCCUCGACAUCUUCGUCGCCAACUCGGGCAUCCCGUGGACCGAGGGCGCCUUUAUCGACGGCUCUGUCGAAACGGCCCGCAACGUCAUGGCCAUCAACGUGGACGGCGUCAUGUGGUGUGCCAAGAGCGCCGGCGCCCAUUUCCGCCGCCAGAAGGAGCAGGGCACGACGAUUGACGGCAAGCCUCUGGAGAACUUCAUCGCCGGAAGCUUCAUCGCGACGGCGUCCAUGAGCGGCAGCAUCGUCAACAUUCCGCAGCUGCAGGCUGUGUACAACAGCUCCAAGGCCGCCGUGAUCCACUUUUGCAAGAGUUUGGCGGUUGAGUGGACCGGAUUUGCUCGAGUCAACACCGUAUCCCCCGGAUACAUUCUUACUGAAAUCUCCACCUUUUGUUCGCCUGAGACAAAGAAUAUCUGGAAGGGCAAGAUUGUCAUGGGUCGUGAGGGUCAGACCGGCGAGCUCAAGGGCGCAUACCUUUACCUGGCGAGCGAUGCGAGCUCUUAUACCACGGGCUUGGAUAUGAUUGUGGAUGGCGGUUACAGCUUGCCAUGA